UCUUUGGCGUUUCCUUCACUCUCUCCCACUCAUUCUCUCUUCUUCUCUCUCUCUCUCAAGUCUGCACUCACUCACACUCUCUCUCUCUCUCUUCUUUCUCUCUCUAGAAGAGCAGCCAUUAACGAAGCUCAACUGAGAGACACCUCCAUUUCUUCUACUCUCUCAACUCUCUUCACUCCCUUACCCACUUUCCCACCUCCGAUCUGCUUCUAUUUCAAGCUAUGCCUCACUAACAUUCCACUUCCUCUCUCCAAUGUCUACUUCCGACCCCAAAUCCCGCCCCCGUCCCGGCCCUUGGCCGCCUGCACCGGAGCCAUCCUCAAUACCACCUGCUUCUUGGGCUAAACGCACCGGCUUUCGUCCCAAGUUCUCCGGCGAGACCAAUGCCACUGAUUCCGGCCAUGUUACUCUUCCUCCGAGGCCCAAGGAGUCCGAUGCUCACCCGGAUCUUGAAGCUGGCCGUCUACGGGGGAGUUCUGCUGUUAAUGGAGAGCGGGAGAGUGUGAAGGCGGCUCAGCCGCAGUUGGAGAAGGAGAAAGAUCAGACGGUGAAGAGGAGAAGGGAUUCUGAUGGGUUACCGAAGGGUGGUUCUGGACCUGCUCAGAAUGGUCAGGCGCUGCCUCCGCCUCCGACUUCGGAGCCGGCGAACCAACCCCGGCGGCCCGCUAGAAAUGAGGAUGUGGUGGAUGUUCUGCCGCAGGUUGGGGAUGAUGAUGGAUUUGUGGGUAGACACUCGCACAUGAAGUACGAACUCAGAGAUACGCCUGGUCUUGUCCCGAUCGGUCUAUAUGGGUUUCAGCAUUAUAUUUCGAUGUUGGGUUCGUUGGUUCUUAUUCCGCUUGUUAUUGUUCCUGCUAUGGGUGGCACUUACGAGGAUACUUCAAAUGUGGUAUCGACGGUGCUCUUUGUGUCGGGCAUCACCACCCUUUUGCAUACGUUUUUCGGUUCAAGGUUACCAUUGAUACAGGGUCCAUCAUUUGUUUUCCUGGCUCCGGCAUUGGCAAUUAUCAAUUCCCCAGAGUUUCAAGGACUUAACGGGAACAAUUUUAAGCAUAUAAUGAAGGAGUUACAAGGUGGAAUUAUCAUAGCUUCAGCUUUUCAAGCAAUACUUGGAUAUAGUGGACUGAUGUCACUGCUUUUGAGGCUGAUCCAUCCUGUAGUUGUGGCCCCAACCAUUGCUGCUGUUGGACUUUCGUUUUAUAGUUAUGGUUUUCCACUAGUUGGUGCCUGCCUUGAGAUUGGUGUCGUGCAGAUACUGUUGGUUAUUAUAUUUUCUCUAUACCUCCGGAAGAUAUCUAUUCUUGGCCAUCGGAUUUUUCUAAUAUAUGCAGUUCCACUUGGAAUUGUUAUCACGUGGGCUUUGGCAUUUUUGCUGACUGAAGCUGGAGUUUAUAGUUACAAAGGUUGUGAUACAAAUGUACCUGCCUCAAAUAUAAUAUCUGAACACUGCAGAAAGCAUGUUUCAAGGAUGAAGCAUUGUAGAGUUGAUACUUCUCAUGCACUCAAAUCUUCACCAUGGUUUAGAUUUCCAUAUCCGUUACAGUGGGGCACUCCUGUCUUCCACUGGAAAACAGCAAUUAUUAUGUGUGUUGUGUCUGUCAUUUCAUCUGUGGAUUCGGUUGGUUCGUAUCAUGCAGCCUCGUUAUUGGUGGCAUCCAGACCCCCAUCACCUGGUAUUCUUAGUCGAGGAAUUGGACUAGAAGGUCUUUCUAGCAUUUUGGCUGGUCUAUGGGGUACAGGAACUGGGUCUACAACACUUACUGAAAAUGUUCACACAAUAGCUGUUACAAAAAUGGGAAGCCGCAGAGCAGUUGAACUGGGUGCAUGCAUUUUGAUAGUGUUAUCUCUUGUUGGUAAAGUUGGGGGCCUCAUUGCUUCCAUUCCCGACGUCAUGGUUGCUGCUCUUCUUUGCUUUAUGUGGGCAAUGCUUACAGCACUAGGCUUGUCAAAUCUUCGAUAUAGUGAAGCAGGAAGCUCUCGGAAUAUUAUCAUUGUUGGAUUAUCAUUAUUUUUCUCGCUUUCGGUACCAGCCUACUUUCAACAGUACGGUAUCUCCCCAGGCUCCAACUUGUCUGUUCCAAGUUAUUUUCAGCCAUAUAUUGUGGCUUCCCAUGGACCUUUCAACAGUAAAUCGGGAGGGCUGAAUUUCAUUCUCAACACAUUAUUCUCAUUACACAUGGUGAUUGCAUUCCUGGUCGCCAUUAUCCUCGAUAAUACUGUGCCUGGCAGUCGACAGGAACGUGGUGUAUAUGUGUGGUCUGAUCCUGAGACUGCCAGGAGGGAGCCUGCUGUUACAAAAGACUACAAGCUUCCAUUCAGGGUUGGUCGAGUUUUCAGAUGGGUUAAAUGGGUUGGAUUCUAAAUGACCAGGCAUUCAAGGAUUGUAUGGGAAAGCAUUGUUUCAUAUCGGUCAUCAUUCGGACAGCAAUGCCAUGGUGGUGUAAUUCUGCAAUCUGAUUCCAGAUGUAAGUCCCCACAGCUCUCCUUUUCACAUGGUCAAUAGUUCUCUUUUGUUGUGCUCGGGGAGGUUGGUGGGAGUAUUUUCUUACACGAAACACAUUAGCGGAAUAGGUUCGUUUAUUAGGAGAUAGCCAUGUACAUUUUUUGUGGAUCCAGAGUGAUCUGGAUGUGUUGUAACUUGUAAUUUAGAUUAUACAAUGAUGUAUGUACUAGUUUUGAGUCACUAGAAAAAUUAUCCACAGACUAGACCGGAUUUUCAUGCAUUUUGUGCAAGUUUUGGGAGUCCAUCCAGGUCAGGUCAGGUCAGGUCAGGUCAUGUAUAUGUUUCUUCUUCCCAUUUAUUUUUAAUUAGCCUCUUUCUUUCUUUCUUUCUUUCUUUAAUUAGUUUAGGGAUUUCCAGUUUCAUUUCUUAUUUAUUUGUGAGAACUGAACACUCUGGUUUAUAAGGAACUUCAAUCUUAGCUUGUUUCAUUAUUAUUAUUA